AUGCGGGCAGUGGUACAGCGUGUACUUUCAGCUGCCGUAUCUGUUGACGAUGAAGUGGUAUCCCAAAUCUCUCGCGGUCUUAUGGUUCUCGUGGGCAUCGGAACAGACGAUACUGCCUCCGACGUUGAUAUCCUGACCAAAAAAAUCCUUUCGCUGCGGAUCUUCUCCGAUGUCACAGAAAACAUGUGGAAGAGGAAUGUCAAGGACAUAGGAGGAGAGAUCCUCUGUGUUUCCCAAUUUACGCUUAUGGCAAACACAGCCAAGGGGAACAAACCAGACUUCCAUCGUGCCAUGCCCACAGAGCCUGCGAAAGACAUGUAUGCAAUUUUCCUGAAUGAACUGCGGCAGGCGUACAGCCCCGAAAAAAUCAAAGAUGGGAAAUUUGGGGCCAUGAUGAAUGUUGCUCUUACGAACGAGGGUCCCGUCACGUUCCAGCUUGACUCGCGCAAAUUCGAAUAUGUGGAU